UUUAAGGCUUUUCUAAAAGAAUGUCGAUUUGAUCUAGUAAAAGACAUUUUUCUCGAGUAUGGUGCAAAAGAUGUGAAUAUUACAGACGACUGGAUUUUAUCAUGGACCGAUGGAACUUUAUCUUUAAAAGAUUAUUCAGCACUCAAAUCGUAUCAGAAAAUAAAUCAUUUUCCUGGUAUGAGUAUGAUCUGUCAGAAAGAUUUGUUGUCACGUCACUUGAAGUUAAUGAAGCGGAAUCUUCCCCGAGAUUACAAUUUCUUUCCACUGACAUUUUGUCUUCCAGAAGAAUUGAGGAAUUUAACUGACUAUUGUGAACGCAGAAAGUAUCAAGAUGUCUUCAUUAUAAAGCCAGACGCCAACAGCCAAGGCGUUGGAAUAGAAGUGAUUAAAGAUGUAAAAAACUUUAAGAAGUAUCGGAAUGUUAUUUGCCAAAAGUAUGUGCGUAAGCCAUUUUUAAUAGAUGGUUUCAAAAUGGAUCUUCGUUUGUAUGUGCUAAUUACAUCUGUCACACCAUUGCGAAUAUACUUAUAUAAAGAAGGAUUGAUUCGGUUGGCGACUAUAUUGUAUAAGAAACCUAGUUUUACCAAUUUAAAUGAAAAGCGAAUGCAUUUAACUAAUUAUGCUGUCAACAGGAAUUUAGAAAAAAGUUUCCAAGAAAGACCAUCAGAAAAUUGCAAAAAAUCAUUGUCCGAUUUAGAAGAUUAUUUUAGUUGCAUGGGGCUAUCAAUAUCUGACACGUGGUUAGUUAUUGAAGAGAUUAUUGUGAAGACAAUCUUGUCAGUUAUUCCAGAACUUCAACACAUCUACAGGACAACUUUUCCCUGCACAUCGGCUAUUUCUUCCUGCUACGAAGUCUUGGGUUUUGAUAUACUUCUGGACGACAAAACAAAGCCCUAUCUUUUAGAAGUUAACCGAUCUCCUAGUUUUGGUGCUUCUACGACAGUUGAUCGAGAAUUGAAAGAAAGUUUAAUAAGAAACGUGUUGGACAUGAUUCUUCUGACACCGAAACAAAUCAAAUUUAUUAAAGAUGAAGAACGCCUAAAAUCUUUUCGAAGACUCACUAACUUAAAUAUGAUAAGGAGUCUAACAUCCAAAGAACAAGUAUUGUAUGAGUAUCAAGAGCGUAAAGAGAAUCGGAUGUGUGGUAACUUCAGGAAGAUUUAUCCAGUGGAAGACAGUAAAUAUGAUAAUAUAUAUGAAACUGCAUUUAGAGUUUCAAAGUAUUAA